AUGCAUUAUUAAAAUAAAAUGAUUAUGGAUUUUCAACUUUUAUAAGAAGAAAAUAGUAAAUAAUAAACCUUACUCAAACAGUAAAUUUCACCAGAAAUCCAAAAAAAUUCAUUAUAAACAUAUAACUCAAGCGAAGAUGAUGAAAAUGUUUAAGACGAAAACUGGGAUCAUAUAUAUAAUGUUCCAAAUAUGGGAAAUAUAACAAAAAAAGUAUUAAUAAAAUUAAUAACAGCAUCGAUAAUAGCCUUUUUAUUCUUAAUAGCAGAAGUAACAGGUGGGAUAUUAGCAGCUUCGCUAGCUAUUUUGAGUGAUGCAGCUCACAUGUUUUCUGACAUAAGUGGUUUUUUUAUUUCGAUUUUUUCAGUUUGGAUAGGAACUAAACCAGCAUCUACAUAGUUGUCAUACGGAUAUCAUAGAUCUGAAGUAAUAGGUGCUAUGGCUAGUAUUUUUAUAAUAUGGGGACUUACAAUUUUAUUAUUAUAUGAAGCAACACAUAGAAUUAUUAAAUAAGAAAAGGUGGAAGAACCUCUCUAUAUGCUUAUAACUGCUGGUUUCGGACUUUUUUGCAAUAUUAUUAUGGCUAAAGUUUUGCAUAGUGCACCAGGACAUUCACAUCAUGGAUGCUCUCAUGGGCAUUCUCAUGAUCACGAUCAUGAUCAUGAGCAUGAGAAAGAUCAUGAGCAUAAGAAAAAUCAUGAGCAUAAUCACAAUCAUGAUCAUAAUCAUAAUCACAAACAUAAACAUAAACAUAAUCACGACCAUAGUCAUAAUAGCGACCAUAAUCAUGAUCAUGAGCAUAAUCAUAGCCAUAAUCAUAAUCAUGAGCAUAAUUAAGGCCAUAAUAAUAAUCACGGUCAUGAACAUAAUAAUGAAAAAUAAAAAAAUUAAAUAAUUAAUAAUAAAAAAUCAGGAAGUAAUUGCUCUGAGUUUUCGGCAAAGUAAUAUGGAGCUAAUAAAUAGGAUAUAGCUGUAAGUUUAUAACCAAUUGAUUAAAAUUAAAAUCAAUAAAUUUAAUAAAAAAAUAAAAGAAAAAAUCUUUCCUAAAUAUCCGCAAAAGAUAAUUAUAAUUUAAGAGCUGCAAUGAUUCAUGUAAUAGGUGAUAUAAUUUAAUCUAUUGGUGUAUUAAUUGCAGCUUUAUUAAUAUAUUUUUUGGAUGAAAAAACUAAGUAUAUUCAUUUAGCAGAUCCUAUUUGCACAUAUUUAUUCUCAGUUCUAGUUUUAUUCACUACAUUCCCAGUUGCAAAAGAAUGCAUUAAAGUAUUAAUGGAAGGAACUCCUACUGAUAUAAAUAUUAAAUAAUUCGAAGCAGAGUUAAAUGCAAUUAAAGAUAUUGAAGAAAUACACGAUUUACACAUUUGGUCUUUAUCAAAAGGAAAGCCAUCUUUAAGUUGUCAUAUAUUUUGUAAAGAUAAUCCAAAAGAAGUAUUAAAAAAAGCUACUAGAUUAUGUAGAUAUUAUGGAAUUUAUCAUACUACUAUUUAAGUAGAGGAUUAUUAAGAUAAAGGGAGUAAAAAUUAUAUAAAAUGUGAUCAUAAUAUUCAUCAUUGA